AUGGUCCGCCGCGUUGCACACCCUGCUCACGCGAUCCUUGACGCGUCUGGGCGGGCCAUCCGGACGUACACCAUCCAGCCGGACGUAGCCUUUGCUGGCGGCGUGCCGAUUGUGUCCGAGGCGCUGCUCCGUCUCGACGGCCCCUUUGCGGCGGGGCUCGCCGCGACCUGGCACAACAACAAGGAGGCCGAGAGCGCCGUGCUCGCGCAAACGCAGGCUGUCUGCGCCCUGAUUCGGGCGCCCGACCAGCCCGACAAGCUGCGCCUGCUGCAAGAGCUCCUCGGCCAGUGCGCGUGGGAUCCGACGGGGCGCGACGACUCGUCCAUCACGCCGAUCCACGAGACGCUCAAGACCGCCACCAUGCCGGUGCAAGAGAAGAUCGACUUCCUGGGCGUGCUCGCUGCGGCUGACGACUACUUCCUGGAGCACGUCGCCGCCGACACGUUGGCAAACAUACUUUACAACCGGCACCUCCGCGGCAAGAUCAUUGGUGAGCCCUCACUGGAGACAGUCCUCAACGAAAAGAUUCUCCUCGGCUUCGCGCCUGACCUCAAGCCGCCGCCCAUCAGCGGCUCUGGGCCUCUGGCCGACGUGAGGCAGUACGACCUGUUUGGCGACUCUGAUGACGACGAGCACAAGCCAAACCCAGGCCUAGACUCGCUGAUAGUGAUCUUUCAUGUGUUUGUCCACCUUGCGUUUGUUUCGUAA